UCUUAUCUAGUCUCUCCUGGCCCUCCUUGGCACAGAAAAGCAACUCCUUAUAAGGAAUCUCCCAGGCCCCCCCUUACACAGACAGCAAAGGUAACAUGGCUUCGGUCUGGUUCAGGCCUACACCAAAGGCAAUGGUCACGGUCCAACGGAGAAGCAUAGGUGGAACUGGGGGGGGGGCAGGGCACGUGCCCUAGGCGCCACUGAGGUGGGGGCACCACACCAGUUCCUGCCACCCCCACCCCAUUGCCCACCUGCCCAGCCCCAGGGCCCCUCAGCCACUUGCCUCCAGCUCCGGCCUAGGAUCGGAGCAGCCUGCAAACUGCAGAGCUCUUCUCUCCCCGCCUCUCAGCUGAUCGGUGGGCGGGCGGGGCUUCCAGAGAGGCCUCGGAGUAGGCCUCCCUGAAGCCUGAACCCAGCAGGCCCCAAGGGGGGCAGGAAGCCAGGAAGGAGGCAGGCAGAGCUCCCUGCAGCAGACCCUACCCAGACCAUCCAGUACAGCCUUUGCCAGAUUAUAUCUUUUUUACUAACCUGAGCCACCCCAAGCAGAAGUGUACUGGAGGGGUGGGGCACAAAUAUAAUUGAUUGAUUGAUUGAUGCCAAAGAGGAAACCUGAGAGCAUGUCUGGACUUCCAUUCAACCCCCAAAGAGACUUCCAGUGGCCAAAUAGACUUGAAAUGGACUCUCCCCUUCUGAACGUCUAAGUGAAGAAGAUGGAUGGUUUGAUCGAUGGUUUGCUAUCGGUAGAGAGCCUGUGUGAAGAUGGCCAUGACAUCAUCUUGCAUCAUCAUGAUCCGCUUCUGACAUUCUUCUGGCCCCCACCCCACCAGCUGCAGGUUGCCAUAGGGACCGCAAUAAACAAUGACGCAUCAUCGCGCUUCAGUUGCCCACUCCCUAACCGACUUUCCAGCGGUUAAGGAGUACGGACAGUAGGCUCCUCUCGCUGGAGAGAUUGCCUGGUCUGCUCUCACCAGAGAGAUCAUCUUCUUGUCGUUGUUGUUGUUUUAGUUGUCCAGUGGACUUCUUUAGACAUUGACUGUCAUCAUGGCAGAUGAGUCGACUGAAAAGAGGCCGUCUGCUGGCUCCGCCUUUACGAGCGCGAGCUUGGCCGGGGAAGGAGGCGGUUCGCCCAGCAGCUUCCUCGAGACACCGACGCCGACCAUUGGCUCCACCUCCAUGUGGUCCUCUGUCUCUGACCUCUCCCUUCAGUCCGUCGAAGGGAGGGACAGCAGGGACCACAGCGACCCAGCAGAGGGAGAUCUGCGGAAGCCGCAGCGGGAGCACCAGUGGCCUGGCUCGCUGGCGGCAUCCCCCUACCAUCUCCCCGGACCCUUCUUUGGGCCGCUGGCCCCCAGCCGUCCCACUGCGGGCCCCAUGGACCAAUUGUUUGGCCAUCCAUAUUUGCGUGACAUGCCAAGCCCACAGCUGCUACACCUGCGACCUCCAGGGCCAGAAGAGCUCCCACCACUAUUGCAUAGGGUGAGGGAGGCUCGUGGCCACAGACAUGCCACGCUUGCCCCCAUCCCUCCUGCUGAAACAACAUCUCUGGCCCAGCUUGCCCCCAUCCCUCCUGCUGCAAGAACAUCUCUGGCCCAGCCGGCCAGGGCGGACCCGGGGCGCAAGAGGAAUCUGGUUCUGCUGGCCCACCGGCUGCAAUCAGAAGGCAGCAGCACCACCACUGCCGCUGGGGGGUUCCGCCCAGCCCCACCGGAUCAGCCCAGGAGCGGCAAGCCAACGGACAUUCGACGUGCAUCCAGAGUCUUGAUUCCUGCCACUGAGCAGCCACUGGCCAUCCAAAUCAAGGAGCCUGCAAUGAAGAAAGCAGAAGGCUUCAGCACCAGUGCUGCCCCAAGAAUGAAGAUCCCAGAGUUGGGACCAUACAGAGGGACCGAGGAGCGUCACCCACCAUCUCCUCCCCAGUUACAGAGUCGAGGAAUGGCCAAGGGAGGAACAGCCCCGCCCACUGGGGAGAUUCAGCUGCGCCCUAAGGGCCCUCCAGUUCAGAAGAAGCUCCUUGUUCCCAAUCAGCAGUUGCUUCCGGAAUUCUUCUUCCCGCCUCCUCCACCAGAGCAAACCAAAGUGCUCUCCAAGGGAACAGCUUCCCACGGGGUAGCCCCACGAGAGAAAGACACCCAAUCUGCCAAGCCAAGGGUGCAACUCUUUGACUUUUUGCCCCUCAUCACCUCGGAGACCCAAAAGGCAAAGGCCCGCUCAUAUGGGGAGGAGGUGGGCAGGAAACUCCCUGCAGAGAACAAUGGAAAGAGGGCAAGGGCAGCAGGGGCAGAGAGCGUGCCAGCACCCAAAGUGCCACGGGGAAGCCCAAAGGCUGAGGGGAAGGAGAGAUCAGGAGAGACGGCCCAAGCACCCCUGGACCACAAGGAAGAGAGAACUGCGCAGAAGGUCCCCACUUGCCAUCUGGAGCUAGCCGUCCAACCCCAUCUGCCAAGGAAACCAGCAGGAAUCAUGCCAGGCCAGAAGCUGCUGAAAAUGCCUCAGGUCCUGCCAGGAAGGGGGAAAGCACGGCUGCUACCACCUGAAGCCGAAGCUGGGGACACAAAGAGGCAGAAAGUGGGGGCAGAGUCCAGUGGAUCCGCCCAGGCUGUGCCUGCGACUCCGAGGAGCAGCCUGGCCAGAAUGAUGCAGGACUCUGUGCAGGUGUUCCAUGCCCUGGGGCCCCCGGCAAAAUCCAAGAGUGCAGAGGGACAUCUGGGGCAGAGCGUGCCCAAAAAAACACCAUCGAUGUCCAUGGGAAGGCCACCAUCGGGAAGCAUAGCCGAGCCACCACCAAGGCCUUUGGCAGCCCUGCCAAGCAGACCAGCGGGGAAGGCACCGCCCAGCUCCAUGGCCAGGCCAGCAGCCAGGCCGAUGGCCAACCUUCCCCCAGCUCCCUGGCCCACCCACGAUCAAUGCCAGUGUGGAGGCCGCCGGGAUCCCGUCCCUUCAUGCUCCGGCCCUCCUCCCUUGCGCAGGCAAAUACCUUGCGAAUGCACAGUCUUGCUGGGAGGACCUUUGGCCAGCCCCAGCCGGCCCCUCAACCACAGCCGCAGCCUUGGGGUCCCACACCAACCCACCGACCCUUCCUCCCUGCCCACCAAGCCUCCACAGAGCAUCCAGUCCUUCCACCUGGUCCCCAGAGCACGACAGCAGAGCAGGAGUUUAAUGGGGCCACGUUCAUCCCUUGGAGGACACCCCCGGCCCACCUGGAAGUCUCCCGGCCCAUUACGGAGGAGCAACGGCCCGUCCGGGAGCUGAUGCGGCGGCGGGCUCAAAGAGCGAGAGAGGAGGCGGCUCAGUGGACAUCAGCCAGCCGGAAGCAAUAUUUCGUGGAGCGGGAGGAGGAAAUGAACAUCUCCCUUCAGUAUGGCUACCCCUGGCGCCACU